AAAUCGUCUCUUUUUCAUAAAGUUCAUCUUCACUUUAACCUCGUUAAUGAAGCGUUUUAGUUACUGAACACAUUCGAGACGUUUGGAACCGAAUAUCCGUUUAUCUUAAACGUUCCUUCAGCCUGAGGUGACUGUUGUUGUUUUGAGUCUCAGCUAACAGAACGCUCUCAGAACGUUACGAACAAACGUCUUCAGGAAACGUCAGAAAUACGAGUGAAUAUCAGCGUGUGAGUGAAGAAGAAGAUGAUGAUGAUGAUGAUGAUGAUGAAGGUGAGAUGUCUUCGUUAAAGAGUCUGGUUCCUGCUCGUUUCCUCACACUCGCCGCUCACCUGGUCAUCGUUAUAACCAUCUUCUGGUCACGGGACAAUAACAUCCAGUCAUGUCUGCCACUGGAGUUCACUGAAGAGCAGUUCAAAGCCGAAGACACACGGCUCCUGGUGGCUCUGUCUGUGACUCUGGGGCUGUUUGGGAUCGAGCUGACAGGCUUUCUGUCUGGAGCCUCUAUGUUCAACAGCAACCAGGCCCUGCUGUCUCUGGUCUCUCACUCCAGCGCCUGCGUCUCUCUGUCCUGUUUCGUGUUUCAGCGGUGGCCCUGCUGGACGUACUGGAUCAUAUUCAGCUUCUGCAGUGUGGUUCCAGCUCUCUCUGAGUUCUUCCUGCUGGUCUCACUCCAGUCCAUGUGAGGUUUUCUUCUGAAGGAUCGAGAGGAGCUUGGAUGUCGAGAAUCAGUGGAGGAAUGUAGAGAUUUGUAGAUGUUUCACCUCUCUGUGUUUUUAUAAAGGAAUAAAGACGUUUUCAAUGAA